UUGGUCCAGUUUGAAAAUUAGACCGCGGUCAACUUGUUCAAAAACGAAUGGAGAGGACUGUAGCUAGCUACAUCAAUGUGUCGAUGAAUAAAAACACACAAACAGUGAUGGAUACGUGUUUGGACAAGAAACCAGAGAGAGUGGGGCCUAUAGUUGUUGAGGAUUUGAGAAAGGACUUGUUUGCUGAUUUUUCUGCAAUUGCAUCUGCUCUGCCACAGGAUUGUGUAUUAUUUGAGAAAGAGCAUCUGCGGGUCUACCUCAGGAUACGUCCCUUUACCACAGUAGAGAAUGAAAGUGGUGAAUCUCAGGAAUGUGUGUCCAUGGAGCCACCAGACACUGUUUUACUCAGGGCUCCUAGGAGCUCUUUAUCAACCAGACGACAAACCAGUCACUCAGAUGGUGACAAACCAGUCACUCAGACCACCCAAAGAUUCCAGUUCUCUCAGGUAUAUGGCCCUGACACUACACAGAGGCAAAUGUUUGAUGGCACAGUGAAACGUCUGGUCAGAGAUGUUCUAGAAGGAGGGAAUUCUAUUGUCUUUACAUAUGGAGUCACCAACGCCGGGAAGACAUUCACAUUCCUUGGCCCUGAGAGUGAUGGUGGAAUUCUUCCAAGGUCUUUGAACGUGAUCUUCAACAGCAUCGAGGGCAGGGUCUAUGCACAGAACAACAUCAAACCACAUCGAUGCAGAGACUUCACUAGGCUCACAAAGGACCAGCAGGAUGAAGAGUCUACUAAUAAGCGAAACCUCAUGAGACUGUCAAAGGAGAGUGAUUUUCUGAAAAGCACGAUGAGCUCCACUUGCAGGUCAACAAUUCUGGAGGGUUCCUCCUUGAGCGACAUCAGUGAUCAGGGGGAAGGAGACAGUUUCUGUCUGGAUGUGGACUCUCACACUAAAUACUCUGUGUGGGUUUCCUUUUGUGAAAUCUACAACGAGAAUAUCUACGACCUACUGGAGCCCAUUCCUAAUGGCUCACAUAGAAGAACCGUCCUUCGGCUGUCCCAAGACAUCAAGGGAAACGCCUUUGUGAAAGAUUUAAAGUGGGUUCAAGUAAAUAAUUCAGACGAGGCUUACAAAGUCCUGAAGAUAGGAAAGAAGAACCAGAGUUUCUCCUGCACAAAGCUCAACAACGUCUCAAGCAGAAGCCAUAGCAUAUUUUCCAUUCGUAUCUUGCGGAUUGAAGAUGUUGGUAUACCCAGAGUCCACACAAUUAGCGAGUUGUCGUUGUGUGAUCUGGCUGGAUCUGAGAGAUGUGCAAAGACUCAGAAUAAAGGAGUGCAGCUAAAAGAGGCUGGCAAUAUCAACACCUCAUUGCUCACUCUGGGCAAAUGCAUCAAUGCUCUGAGGCUCAACCAACAAGCAAAGUUCCAACAACAUGUCCCCUUCAGAGAGAGCAAGCUCACACACUACCUCCAGGGCUUUUUCUGUGGUCGAGGGAAAGCCUGCAUGAUCGUCAACAUCAACCAGUGUGCCUCCAUGUACGACGAGACGCUCAACGUCCUCAAGUUCUCCGCCAUCGCUCAAAAGGUGGUGGUCCUCAACAUCAAACCAGUCCCUGCCAUUGCUCCAAAGAGAUCUGCCAGAGAUGUGUCCCUCAUCAUCAACAAUGCUGGCUGCAAGAACCUGUGGAGUAGGAGGGAGAGCUCCAUGGUGGCUUGGGAAACAACUCUAGAAGAUGUGCAGGAAGAUGGGGAUGAAGAGGAGGAUGAUGAUUAUGAAGAAGAGGAAAGUUGCGAUGAGAGCAUGGCAGAGGAGACUAUUCUGGAGGCGGGAGAAGAGGACAAGACGGUGCUUGAGGACUUCAAUGGCCAGUUUGCUCUGGUGGAGGAACUGAGGGAGAAACUUCUGAAGGAAGAAGCUGAGAAAUUGGCGUUGGAGUCUCAUAUCCGUGAAGAGGUCACCAUCGAGUUCAUGGAGCUAUUCUCCAAAAUGGAAAGUGACUACAAUGAGCGUCUUGCCAAAGAGAGGGAGAUCAUCGAGGACAGAGCGGACAAGAGGUUGGAGAUCCUGAAGAAUUUAGUCAGCAAAAGUGUCAGCAAGUGUGCAAGUGUCACUGGUGACGAGGAAAUGACAAAGGAGGAUAAGGUAGAGCUCUUGGAGGGGAUCAUUGACGCAAUGCGAGACGACCUGGCUAGAAUCAGGAGGGAUGCGGAGGCUGCACAGACCUGUUUGGUGGACCUGCCUGAGUCUCCUGGCACUGAAGUCAGCCUGAGGAAGCAAGUGGAUGACUUAUCAGAGGAGCUCCUCAAGACCCAGCAGCAACUCAACCUCAAAACAAAUGAAAUGGACGAAAUGAGCAUGGAAUUGAAACAAUUGUGCGGGCAGCUAGAGGAUGCGAAGGAGAAUUUGGAAUCUCAGACACGGACGUUUGAGGCCUUAAUGGAAAUCUGCCAUGAGAAGGAUGAGGUGAUAACCAAGCUGCAGGAAGCAAUAGACCAGAAUAGUGAGGCUGCAACUAGGGAUACGGCCUUGGUUGACUCCAUCAAGGAGGAGAUUCUGAGCUUGAAACAGAAUUGUAAGUGUAUGAGCCGGGACGGUCCCAGUGCUGAGGAGGGCAGGAACCGCCAUGCUGAUGUCCUGGAAAACCUUGAUGAUCAGCCUGCCCUGAAGAAAGGGAGUCUUGAGGAUGAGCGUGUUAUUCUAACAGGCGAGUUGGAGAAACUCCAGGCGGAAUGUCAUCAAAAAGACAUGACCAUUUCACAGUUAAAAGAAGAACACGAGGCGAUGGUUCAGAAGUUGGAGACGGUCAAAGGAGAGAUAAAAAGAAAGAACGUAGACUCCGAUGAGCUCAAACGCGAGGUUUCGUUCGAACAGACCUUACAGAAGAUCACCGAUGAGUUGGAGGAGCAGACGGAUGACUGUGAAGCUGUGAUGGCUUCGCUGGAGAAAGAGAGGAAAGAGAUAGCCAGGCUCUCUAAAGACAACAAAGCACUGGUCAACGGCAUCUUCCAGCUCCAGCAGACAUCACAGAAAGCGGAGUCUUCAGUGAAAACUCUCCAAACAGAACUUAUUGAACAGACUGAGAGGUCCGCCAAUCUUUUAGAGGAGCUAGAAGCAGCCAGAGCACUCUUGAAGGAGCUCGAAGACAAAUCCAACGAAAAAUCCAAAACCAUUGAAUCCUUGACUUUGGAAACUGAACGACUCCGGAAGGAAACGGAGGAACUGAAGGUCUCUUCUGUGCAGAGGAACAACUCCAAGUUCCAUGACACCAUAGAUGCAAUGAAAAGGGAGUGUGAGAGUGUGGUGGAACAGUUGCUCCAGAAGAACCAGUGGAUAGCUGACCUGGAGCAGGAGCUCAACCAGGUCAGAGAGCUGCUCUCUGGACAGGAAGAACUCUGCAGCCAGCUGAGACAUGAGCUAGAGACACUGCGGUCAGAGGCACAAUUCAACCUGCAGGACUACGAAUUAGAGAAGGGGGCUUACAAUGAAAUUACGAAGAGUUACUCUGACCUCGAACAAAUGGCAGGCCACCUGAAGGAGCGAAUCGUGGACCUGGAGGUUCAGGUGCAGGCCUCUGGAGGCAGCUCUGAGAGGGUUGUGGAGUUGGAGAAGCAGCUGGCUGAGAGGGAGGCCCAGUGCGGAGCUCUGCAAGCGAGACUAGGGGAGGCUCAGCGGAAACUGGCCCAGGUGGAGGAAAGUCAUAUAAAUAAGUCCAAGGAGAAGGUGAUUGAAGACAUGCGUCUUGCACUGACAGAGCAGGAGAGGACACAAACCGAACAAGAGCAGAUUCUGGAGGCUAAGAUGAAAGAGAUUGAGGCUUUAAGUCGAGAGCUGAUGAGUUUGAAGGACAGCUGCCUUCCAAAAAACGUGAACAGUGCCAAGUUUUCUCAUGUGAUCAACUGUCCUGGCGAGAACGUGAAGCGGGAACGUCAGCGGACUGAAGAGCGCUUGAAGCUGGUUAAUGAGCAGCAUGAGGUGGAGAACCAGAAGUGCCUUGAAGAGAGGGCAAUUCUGAAGGAGGGAGCCGAAGGGCCAGAGCAGGAGGAGAGUCAGUGCCCUGCUCCAGAGUUGAUGAGGGAGUGUCAAAAGGAGCUCUGCCGUAGCACGCUGCAGACUGAAGAGGUACUGGACUCCCCGCAGGUGUCCACAGACGGCAGGCGAGAGCUUUGCUUCCCCAAGCUGGAGAGCCAGUUCACCCCUCUGCACCCCAACAAGCUGAACGUCCGGAGGCAGGGAGAGAACAAGUCUGUGAACAUCAAAAUCACCCGCUCAGCCAGGAAGAGGAAUAGCAACGAGAUGGAGAAGGACCCUGUGGAAAGUGAGAACAUAAAGAAUAUCAAGUUGAGGGUGAACAACAGAGUGAACAUGCAGUCGCCGACAGUGCUCGGUGUAAAAACAGACCAGAACAAACAACAGACACCAGCAAGUCUGAAAGCCAAAAAGGAUGGAACCCUCCAGAAGAUUGGAGACUUCAUCCAGAGUUCCCCAACUCUGCUCGGGGUUGAAGCUAAGACAAUUACGGGGAUUGUAAAUGGAAGCUCUACCAAGCGAGAGAAAGCCACAUCAGUGAAACCUAAGAGGACCAAGAGGAAACUGUACAAGACAGAGAUCUCCUCUCCUCUGGACAUCCCAUCUCAUCCGAUCAUUGGUCUUGAUCAAGAUGAGAAAGAAAGCGACCAUCUCAUUAUCAGGAGGCAGCUUAGAUCAAGAACAGCAAGGAAAUGACUUAGUCAACAGUGGCCAGGAGUUGAUAUUGCUUACUUGAUUUAAAAACUAUUGUUAGAAAACUAGCUAUGUACAUAUGUGAAUAUUUUCAUAUUUUGUUUCUCAUUCUUUUACAUUAUGUUUUAAACUUUUUCAUUAUUUUAAAAAAAUUGAAAAUAGUAUAUACACUAACAUGGCAAGUACAAAACGGUUUUGUAAAUGUACUUUGGAGACGCAGCCUGUGAUUGGAGAGCAGUAGACAAGGGACACAUUGGAGGAUGGAGUAUUGUUUUGUCCUGCUCGAAUGGGGCCAAAAGUGUAGAAUGUCAUGGUCAUUUAUUUUAGUGGCAGCCGUCAGGGGUGGUUGUCAUCUGAAGAGUAAAUAAUACAUUUCAUCUCUCACACCUUCUCUCUGUGGUGGGCUCCUGACAGGUCCCACUCUCACAGCCAGUCAGGUUCAGUCUCAAGUGGGCAAUUACUGGGACAAUUGCCAGUGUUUGUCUAUGUCAUUGCUGUUGUCAUUGAAAAUAUGUCUGAUUAAAUGCAUUUUGUUCUCUGCA